GAUCGGUUGAAUCAGGACUGUGUUGUGUUAGCGGCACGGUGUGUUAUAGAAGACCUCCAUAGGUGUGUGUACUGUAUAUCACCGACAACCAUGCCUGUUGAAACUACACAUUGGAACAGGGAUACUUUGCUGACAUUUACACAAAUCCGAGUGAACUCUGAGGCCAACGCCAGACGUAUAGCAUGUGUAGAACAGUGCUUUGGGGCAGCGGGGCAGCCGCUAGCCGUCCCAGGUCGGGUGCUGGUCGGAGAGGGUGUGCUCACCAAGAUGUGUCGCAGGAAGCCCAAGUCAAGACAGUUCUUCCUCUUCAACGAUGUCCUUGUUUAUGGAAAUAUACUCAUUCAUAAGAAAAAGUACAACAAGCAGCACAUCAUCCCGCUGGAGGACAUCAAGCUGGACAACGUGGAAGAUGAAGGAGAGCUGCACAAUGGGUGGAACGUGAUCAGUCCACAGAAGUCGUUCACGGUGUACGCUGCAACAGUCACGGAGAAGAAGGAAUGGAUGGCCCACAUUAGGAAGUGUGUCAACGAUCUGCUUGUAAAACGUGGUAUUACCCAGACUUCCAAGGAAGACUCCCCAGUCUGGGUGCCAGACUCAGAAGCCAGGACCUGCAUGCACUGCCGCAAGUCAGAAUUCUCUAUUGUUAACAGAAGGCAUCACUGUCGGAAAUGCGGCAUCUUGGUGUGUAAUGCCUGCUCCAACAAGCGACUUAUGAUGCCCCAGCAGUCGUCGAAGCCUCUGCGAGUGUGCCUCACGUGCUACCACAAGUUGUCCAACUCUGCAGAAGGCAGAAACAGCUCAGUGGCCGUGCCGGACCAGGCUCGCCUCAACGAUUCUUCGGGAGAGGAAUCAUCCGAUGAUGACGAUGAGUCUGGGUCCCUGUCCAACCAGAAUCAGUUUCAAACAUAUGGAGGCGAAUAGUCCCAGCAACAGCAUGAAAAGGACAAAUAUAUUUUUGUGACUCAACAAUCAAGUGCAGGUUUAGCCAGAUGUGUUUCUUAUACACCAAGCAGCAGCUGUAGAUUGAAUACUAUUUUCUUGCCUACUUGUCACAACUAGGUUUUUGUCAGCAACAUGUAGUGGAUAGGAAUUAGUUAUCUGACUUUCAAGCUGCUAGUUUGAUUGCUGUGGAGAUAUGUAUGCUUCAGCGUUAGGAUGUGAAUUAUUGAAUCAACAAAUGAUUGAUAGUUUGAAGGUAUGUGGUAGUGUACUGCUGAACAGUGAAAAACACACAGUUGUUGCUGACAAUGGACACCGUGAUUUGCCAGGAGUUAACAGAUUUGAAGUUCAAGAGUUCAAGAAGCCUGGAAUAUGUUGAUGACUUUGAUAUUCCAACAGUAUUUCUGAUUUUGCAUAUUUACCUUUGCAUCAGCAGUUAGGGAUCUGUUUUUGUCAUGACAGAUUUGAAAGUACAAGGAUCACCUUUAUAGCAUUUGGGAAAAAGUAAAUUUGUAUCCCUACAAAAUUGCUGUGAGAAAUAAGUGUUAUUAUUAACUAACAUCUUUUGAACUAGUACUAGUUCAGGUGAAAUUGACUUAGUCUCACAUGACAAAUGUGAAAUAGUCAAUAUGACGUGAAGUAUUUCAGUCAGCUGCAGGUGGUAACCUGCCUUUAGUUGCACAGGACAUACUGAGUCAGCAAGAAUGUAACCAUGGCGUAUUGAUGAAAUAGUGUGUACGGAACCUGACAAGGAAGUAACUUAUUUAUCGUUAAAUGGCUUUGCUAUAUAAGUGUACAGUAUAUUAUAUGUUUGAACACUAAAGGCUCCUUCUCUUGGAGAUCUUUAUACUUAAAGUUUUGCCAAUGGACUGUUUUUGAUGGUACCUACCCUUGCUGUUUACAGAAGGAGUUGUCUGCCCUUGCUGUGUACAUAAAACAUAAAAGUUAACUGCCUUUGCUGUGAAAAGAAAUCUGAUGAGAGUUACCUUCCUUUUCUUUGUACAGAAAUGUUCUUAGAUUUACCUCCCCUUCUUGCUGUGUAACGUAAGAAUAAAGUUGCUGUUCAUUUCUAUAUACAAGCAUUUAAUCAAGUUUAUUUCCGCUUAUCAUGACAAAAAAAUGAAAUAAUGUAAGUUGGAAAUGUAUUGGGUAGGAACGAGAAACAAAACUCAGGAUUUUGGUCAUUUUAGACAUGCUGAAUCUAGUGUGUUAGUUCAUGCUGAGGCUGUGAGUAAACUUGACAACAUAAGUAACAUGUAUAGUACACUCUUGCCAAUACGUUGCCGGAAUCGGAACAGCGUAAAACCUGUCUCUCACUCUCUAAUUGCUGCAAGACUAUGAAAGAAUACUGUUUAGUCUGGAAAGUCUUGUGCAUCAUAUGCCCAUGUGAUCGAAUAAACACAAACGUAUGAUAGGUUGAUUCCCAGGGUACCUGCACCUUGUCCGUUGAUCAGCUCGUGGGGUCAGAAAGUCAGUCAGCUUGUUCUGUGUCUGAAAACAUCUCUUUCCUUUACACAAGUAAAGUCGGCCAUCUGAAAUGUUCCUGGCUGAAUAUAUGCUGGAAUAUUGUUUUUGAAUCAUGAAAGAUUUGGCUGCAUACCACUGUGACCUUCUGUGUUCUUGCUUGGCGCUUUAGUAGCAGAUAUAUACGAAUUAUAACGUAGAUAUUUUCCAUGUUAUUUUCAAGGGUUUUAUCUGUACAUACCAUAUCAAAGUAAUUAAUCAUAUGAUGACAUCAUUUGUACAAUAUUCAUGUAGGAAUCCAUAUCACGUACAAGCAACGACCAAGUGGAAUUAUUCCUAAGUAUUAAAGUUGAAACAAAAUAUUUAAUUUUCUUUUUAUACAAGUCACAUUCGUCAGCAGAUAGUUUGGGAAUCAUUUUUAGUGCAAGAGAUAACUCUAUUCUGUACAGUAUUUUAGAAGAAAGAUGGGGUAUAGAAGUCAGUAUAGAUAAAUAUUAUAACAGUAUAAAAAUUUAAUAAGGCCCGAUAAACAAAAAUAUUCUUUUCUCUUUCCAAAACUGACUGUAAGGAAGAGGAUGUAUUUUUUCAGAUGCAUUUCAUUAUUAGGUGAUUAUCUGUCAAUGUAAAUUUGAUUCUUAUGUUCCAAAAUAUAAAAUAUUUUAAAAACUUUAGAAGAAUGCAGUUUUAGGGUUGAAUGGGUCUUGAAAAACAUACAACCUAUUUUUGCAGGCCUCAUAAUGAAGCUGUCUGUAUUCUUACAUCCACUUUGCCCCAUUUAGUGACGAUGAUGGAGAAUAAUGACAGAAUGUAGUUAUUUAUCUCAUGAUUGCUCAUGUAGUCGCCACAUGAAAUUCAUUGCUUAAUCUGUGGUCAUUGUGCUUGCAAGAUUUAUUGAACAAUUUGUAUAACCUUAAUGCAUCCAGUCAAUACUGGGUGCAUUGUGCAGCAAAUGUUUAUCUGGUAGUGCCUUAUCCUCCCACAGCAGCGUCAGGUACAUUCAAAUGGCAUCUGUUGGGCUCCAAAGAGGUCAGCAAUUGAUCUUCAAAUUAGUCAGUUUGAUUGUAUUGCAAUGGGAGGGGUUGUGUCCCUUGAUACUAUCUGGAUCCGCUGGACAUUCACUCAGGUUCAGCAGAAUGCUGAAUAUCUACCACCUGCAUGAGUUUCACAUGCCUUGAAUUAACCUGAAGUGAUGUCCAGAGAUGUGUUGAGUGGCAGUCAUUACAUGGCUGAUCGAAGACGAUGUGCAUCCCCCCUCUGGAGCGGCAACAAUCCGAUCACAUAUUUCACACAUUCACUCUUUAUUACCUGCAUGCAACUUCAGUAUUGCUGAAACUGUUGUAAAACCAUCCACACUCACUCACUCUCUAAGCCUUCAUGCCGUGUACAUAGAUAAGAAUAUCUAUAUUAUGCCACAAUAACUUGACUAGUACAUUUUCUUCCAAAUUCAUCCAUUGACCCCUUCAAUGUUACAGUUUUUGAAAGUAUCCAAUCACUUUUUUCAGACCCACAUUUUCCAGGACAUUCAGGGAACAUGUAAGGCAGUUGUAUUUUCAUUAUUUUCUGGAUCAAAUUUAAAUUUAAAAAUUCCAUGUCCCCAAAAUGAAUGGUCCUUCCCAAACUGAAAGAUGUUAUUUGUUAUAUAUCCUUUGUCCUGUAAUGACAACCAGGAAGCUGUUACCUGUCAUUAAUAUUUGACUAGGAAGAAAAUCUCAUUAUCAACUUGUUGUGGCCUAACUGUAGGGGCUAUGAUCUCAUACAACCCGGGGCUCCAUGUCCUGGGGUGGUAGAUAGUUCACUGGUUGGUCGUAUGGCAUUAUUCUUGUAUUUCCUUAUAAGGAUGUCUGUUGAUUAUGUAUCGUUUCAUACAGGAAGGAGGUAGCCAGCCGCAUUGUGAACUGUGGACAUUGUGUCAUUGUAGCCCCUGCUCACUUCGCACAAUGAAUCACAAAACACAAAUGUAUGAUAUCAUCUAUAAAACAAUCAUGAUCAAAUGAUAUCAAGUUUCUCAUGUAGUGUAGAAUUGUGUCAGUGAAGUUGUUUUGUAUUGGUUUUAUUCUGUCUUUUGUAUUUUGAUACUUGACUACAACAUUUGUACAUGUUAUGUAUGUCUCUGGCAACAUCACACAAACAUUGCUGCAAGGUUUCCACUGGGGUGUUUCGCUUUUUGACCAGGUAAAUAUACAUCGUAGUGACUAAGUAUCCCUGCAGGUAGAACAAGUUUAGUUUCAGUCUAGUAUUCCCUGGGGAAAUGCAUUUCAAAACAUGUCACCAGACAUCUAAAGAUGCUAAAUAAUAUCAAGUGAAUAUUUCAUUCUCAAACUAACUGAAAAUACCUAAUCUGUACUUUUCAUCACUGAACAUUGUUGCUUGUUCAAGCAAAUAUUUCAUUACUUUGCCUGAAGUUGCAAUGUUUGUUGAAGUGUCAGCAUUCAUCAGAAGCUAUGCGUGGAUGAUCCCGAUGAUAUGUUGGAAAUAGCUUGCUCUACCCCAUGUAGAGUAAUAGAGUGUAGUUUUGCCCUGAACUUUCCCAGUUAAAGCAUGGGGAGUUCCAAUAAGUAUUGUCAGCACCUUUGAUCUUAGAAUUGAAAUCAGAGAGUUGCAGUCCCAUGUGAACUAUAGCCAUGGCAGCCAUAUUGAAAUUGUAUUUUGGGCACCAAGCCUGCAGUCAUUAUGUGUGUGUAUCAGAUGUGUGAUUGGAUCAUGUCUGUAACAGUACAUGCUAACACGAUAAACUCACUUGAGGAAAUUAGGGAGUGGCUCUAAUUUAUGUAUUGGGCAUAUAGUUGAUGACAUGACACUUGUUGAAAUUACAAUUUCUUGUUUCUCAUAACUGCCCACCCCUUUGAUUGCACCUUAUCCCAAAUAUAUUUUCAGUUUUAAGAAACAAGUUUCUUUACUUAGAAAUAGUUAUGCCACUGGACUUGAGGUUUUUGCAAACCCAGUGACCUUACUUUUAAAAAGUAUGUUGAGAUGUCAUUUUAACUGACAUUAACAUUGUUAGCCAAACUGUACAGGUUACUGGUGUUUAUUUCAGAUGUGUUAUGUAUCUAUAUCAAAUACAUUGAUGCAACUUUGUACUAAUUAUUGAAGGGAAUGAAUUUUUCAAGUUUUUUUCAAAUGUGAUUACAUCCGAUGAAUCUACAAGUUCACACUUACCUUUAUCUGCCCCCAUUUAAUAUAUUCCACGAGCCCUCAGGUCCGACAAACCUACCUUAGAGAGAGACCCUAUUACAUCUGAAAAACUUGCCUUUUUGUCUUCGUCAACAUGCAGGAGACAUCUGCAGCAUGAGUGCAUCCAAUAUUAUCAUGGGUCACCCUUGAUUGUGGAUAUGUUGUGCAACCUUUUUUAGCUGCUAAGGCCAGACCAAUUUCGUUUCUUGUUUUACAUAUUCUUGUCCUCAGAAAACCUAU